AUGAAGCUCCCAAUGGCCUUUCAUCUGAUAGGUCUGUCUGCAGUGUUCUGCAUCAGCUGCUCUUUGGCCACACCUCUACCUAUUUACAGUUCACUGGAGGGAAGUACUGAUGAGGAAGAGUUCAAUAAUUUCAAUUCCUCUGUUCCUACCAACGACCUUUCAUCUGACUACCAAACCACACCUGUUGGCCCCACGCAUAUGGAUGACAACUUUCUCAGUCAGGUUGUGAACUUUUUAGAGGGGAACAUGCUCCUCAUCCUUGUUGCAAGCACUUUCUUCCUUAUUGUCUUCCUCAUCAUCUGUGGUGCCACUUUCAUGAGCCGCAGGCGCAAAGUCAAUGCUUACUACCCUUCCUCCUUCCCCUCGAAAAUGUAUGUGGACCACAGGGACAAAACCGGAGGUGCUAAACUCUUUAAUGAGGUGCCAGAAAAGGCAGCUCCUGAACAGGAAAGUGAACCAGUGGACUCUCACAAACAGCUACAGAGAGACAUCAUGAAGGCAACCAAGAGCCUCCGCACUCCAAAUAAAUAUGUCGAUGCUGCAGAGGGAGGUGACUCCAGUCAGAAAGUAACAGCCAACAGUCCUGAAGACAGCUCUAAAACAGAUGGUAGCAUCCUGGGCAAGGAGCUACCAACAGCAGCAGCAGCAGCAGCAGGCACCCCUGAGCUGAAUUCUCCAGAGCAGCCUUGUCCAGAGGAUGAUGAUCCACAGGAGCCCUUAAUCGGCAAGAGUCCCCGGCCCCCUUCUCUGCAUAUUCACAAUGACUCUGCAACGCUCCAGCUGAUCGCCGGAGAGAAAACUGCAUUCUAACCAUUCUGAACACCAGGAUCUGACUAUAUUUUCUAACUAUUUGA